AUGCUCUCUACAAUCCUCAACUUUAUUAUUAACCCAUUAAUCAUUAUUAUCUUUGUUCUUUUAGCAGUCGCUUUACUAACACUAGUUGAACGGAAGGUACUAAGCUAUAUACAACUCCGUAAAGGACCUAAUGUUGUUGGCCCUUAUGGCCUCCUCCAACCCUUCGCUGAUGGUUUAAAACUAUUCAUAAAAGAGCCAGUACGACCCUCCACUUCCUCCCCUGCCUUAUUUUUGAUCACCCCUAUAAUAGCCCUUACAUUAGCCUUAACCCUAUGAGCUCCUCUUCCUAUGCCCUUUCCAAUAGCCGAUAUAAACCUUAGUAUCCUAUUUAUUCUUGCCCUAUCAAGCUUAGCUGUCUAUUCCAUUUUAGGAUCCGGGUGGGCUUCUAAUUCAAAAUACGCCUUGAUUGGGGCCCUUCGUGCAGUAGCACAAACUAUUUCAUAUGAAGUAAGUUUAGGCCUUAUUCUUCUUAAUACAAUUGUUUUUACAGGAGGUUUUACCCUGCAAACAUUUAGCACAGCCCAAGAAACGACAUGGCUUCUACUCCCUGCUUGACCUUUGGCAGCUAUAUGAUAUAUUUCUACCCUUGCAGAAACAAAUCGAGCCCCCUUUGACCUUACUGAAGGUGAAUCUGAGCUGGUAUCUGGGUUUAAUGUUGAGUACGCCGGUGGACCCUUCGCCUUAUUUUUCCUAGCUGAAUACGGUAACAUUCUUUUAAUAAACACCUUAUCAGCAGUACUAUUUCUAGGCUCCUCCACAUUUCAUGCGUUUCCUGAACUAACCACAAUUACUCUUAUAUUUAAAGCCGUCGCCCUAUCCGUUGUAUUCUUAUGAGUCCGAGCCUCAUACCCACGGUUUCGGUAUGAUCAGUUAAUACAUUUAAUUUGAAAAAACUUUUUACCCCUUACCUUAGCAUUAGUUAUUUGACAUUUAUCCAUCCCAAUUACGCUUUGCGGACUGCCGCCUCAGUUGUAA